UAUAUAACCAAGAUUUUAUUAGAAUCUUAAUUUUCUUAAGAAAAUAAUGACUGGAAGUUAUGAUAGAGCAAUCUCAGUAUUUAGUCCAGAUGGACGACUAUUACAAGUAGAAUAUGGACAAGAAGCAGUUAAAAAGGGUGCAACAUGUGUUGCAGUUAAAGGAAAAGAUUCAGUUGUUUUAGGAGUUGAAAAAAAGACAGCUUUAAAACUUCAAGAUACACGAACAGCAAAAAAAAUAGGAAUUAUUGAUCACCAUGUAUUCGUUGCAUUUGCAGGAUUGAAUGCAGAUGCUCGUGUUCUUUUAGAUAAAGCAAGAGUAGAAGCACAGAGUCAUCGUCUUACGAUUGAGGAUCCGGUGACGGUUGAAUAUAUAACAAAAUAUAUUGCGGGUGUAAAACAAAAAUAUACACAAUCAGGAGGAGUAAGACCAUUUGGAGUUUCUACAUUAGUUGUAGGAUUUGAUCCGAAUGAUGUAGUUCCAAGGCUUUAUCAGACAGAACCAGCAGGAAUAUAUACAUCAUGGAAAGCAAAUUCUAUUGGAAAGUCUAGUAAAAUAGUACGAGAAUUCUUAGAAAAGAAUUAUAAAGAAAACAUGGAUCGAAAUGAAACGAUUAAAUUAGCAGUUAAAAGUUUAUUAGAAGUGAUCCAAACAGGUGCAAAAAAUAUAGAAAUAGCAGUGAUGUCAUCUGGAAAAAAAAUUGAAUUUUUAACUUUUGAUGAGAUUGAUGCCAUAAUUAAAGAAAUUUCAGCCGAAAAAGAAUAAGAAUUCGGCUAUAAAAAACAUAUUAAUGAAAAAAAAACAUUUCAAA